AAAAUUAGAAUAUGCGGUGGGAUCUUUAUAAGCAUAUACUUAAGGAUAUUCGAAGGGAUGUUCAUUCUUGCCCUAAAGUGGCAUCGUCGUGUUGGAUCGUGAUGAAAGCUUUGGAGCGCUUGCGGAGUAUCGCGUUGGGUCCUCGAUCAGCUCCAGCACCCAAGAGCAAGUGGGCUGAGCCACGGCGAGAGGAAGUGGUGGUGCCAAAGCAAUCGCUUCUCCUCAAAUUGCGAGGCUUUGUGGGCGUCUUCCUCGUGAUCAAUGUCUGCAUUGGUGGCUAUUUAAUUGCGAAGACUACACCAAAAUCGAGCAAGAAGCAGCGUGCGCAGAAAAAGGACGCCGCAGAGUCGCCGCCGCCGGCCCAAGCUCCUCCCGCGCGAGUUCCUCACAGGAAAGUCACGGCCAACGAGCAGCGCCAGCUUUUCCAGUGGAUGCUCGACGAGAAGAGGAAGAUCAAGCCCGCGAAUUCCAUCGAAAAGGCCCGGAUCGACGACGAUAAAAAGGUCUUGAAGCAGUUUCUUCGAUCUACGAAUCUACCGCAGAUAUAGAACAUUUUUAUUUGUUUCUUCUAGAGACAGUUUUGGUAGUCGCGAUUUAUGCGUUUUUCAUUCGGCGAACGUUUUUAGUUUAGUCGAUAUUUGAUUGAAUCAUUCGAUCCAAUGUUUGUGGAACUGGUUCUUAAAUUUAAAAUUAAAAUUAAAAUU